UUUUCAUCAACUCACUUUGAGCACGGCUUUUGCUUAUCAGUUAUUUAGGAUUUGAGCAAGCUACAACAAUGAUUUUGUAAGAAAGUAAUUUAUGUAAACAAUGACCCAAAUUCGUAACCGGGACUACGAAUAAUCCGACAAACAAAAUAUAGGCGCUCAGUUUUGACUAACUAGACUGGAUGCAAUCUGGCCCGGAUUAAAAUCAAGUUUGGUGGAAGAGACGACAUUAUCCCAAAAAUGAACCAGCAACAAAGGAUAAUCGCUCUUGGAGGAGCAUCAGCUGCUGUCGUAUUGAUUGGAAUCUUUCUAUUAUAUCGUAAAAAAUCAAGAGAUUCUCAUCUUCAGGAAGAUGAGCUAGAAAACAAGGACAAAUCUGAAUUAGACUUUGCUGAUUUAAAUACUGAAGAAGUUGCAAGUGCAGGCCAAACUGUUGUGGAGGUCAAGGUCCCUCCACAUAUAGUUGGAGGAAUAAUCGGAAAGGCUGGUGUGAAUAUUAAAAAACUAAAAGCAGAAUUCGGUGUCAGAUUUGAUUUUGAUCGAGAGGAAGUAAAAGAUGGAAUUAGCAACACAGAAAAGAAAGAUAGAAACUUGGUGAUAAGAGGAGAGCGGGAAAAGGUGCUAGCUGCAGAAAUAAGAAUCAAAGAAAUAAUUGCUAACACACCUAAACAUGUGGAGACUGAGAUGUUUGUUCCACAAGAAAGUUGUGGUCGAAUAAUUGGGAAAGGUGGACAAUCGAUUCGAGAACUAUGUAGUGUGUCAGGUGCAAAAAUUAUUUUUGACCGUAACGAAGAUCGAUCAUUGGGAAACCAAAGGCGUAUUUUUAUUUCUGGUACAUCAAUGCAAGUUGAUUAUGCUAAGUUACUCAUUGAGGAGAAGGUUGAGCAAGACAAAGCAGCAGCACAGAAAUAUAAAACAACAGCACCAACUCACACAUCAAACUUUAUGAAGUACCUGAAUGACUUUCCUGUCGCAUCACUUCCAGAUGAAAAAAAUUAUUUUCAAGUUUUUGUAUCCGCUUUAUUAUCACCUGAUCAUUUCUGGAUACAGGUUGUCUCAACAGAAUCUGUCAAAUUAGAUGUAUUGACGAAAGAGUUGACCGAGUACUAUGGGAAACUGGAACAAACUGAACAGCGGCUUCAACAAGGUAAAGUUGGCGACAUUUGUGUUGCACCUUUUGAAUUUGAUAACCAGUGGUAUCGUGCAUGCAUCACUAAUGUCAAUGCUAAUGGCACUCUUGAUCUCUACUACAUCGAUUUUGGUGACAGUAAUCAAGUGAAUAUCAAUGAUGUCAAAGCUAUUCGAGAAAAGGAUUUGGAUUUACCAGCACAUGCUAGAGAAUGUUAUCUCCCUAUUAAACCAAACAGUUUCACUUGGACAAAAGAAGAAAAGAAUCGUUUUGAGUCCCUUUCCCAUUGUGCACAGUGGGUCGCCCUAAUGGCUAAAAUUAUAGGUUACAAAAACGUGGAGGGAAAAAGCUAUCCUGUACUGGAGCUGAUCGAUACGAGUGGAGGAAAGGACAUAAAUAUCGCUCAUGCUAUGGUCACUGGUGGUCAUGCAUCAGAAGAACUAAAAGAUUAUCACGUUGUUGAUGGUAGCAGCGAGAAGAAAGUUGUACAAGAAGAUGAUAUAUUUGUAGAAAAAGCCUCCUUAGAUGAAUUCAUCAAAAACAAUGUCAGUGGGGAUGAUGCAAGCAAACCAAUAAAUACUGAAGGUGUCGCAGAAGUGCUCUCUCAUUUCAAGUCUUCCAAAAAUGAUUAUGCUACUCCACAGAAAUCUGCUAACGAGGAACCUAAAAUAGAUGACGCUUCAGCACUAACAGAAUCUGAUUCACAUUUAAAGAAUGAACCAAAUCCUAUGGAGCAACGCUCAGAUGUUGAUAUCGAGUCAAAACUUGCAAGUGGUAACUCUGAGGAAGAUUUUUUUGAAAUAAAUAGUGAUCAGAAAGAAAUAUCUAAAGAUGAAAUUUUAACAGAGGAGACAGUCAGGCGAGACAUGGAUGAUAAUCGAGAUAAGGGUGAUAAAGUUAAGCCAGCCAAACCCGCUUCAAGUAAAUUCCGACAAACCUUGGUAUCCGACGAAUUUGUUGACAUUGAUGUCACGACAGUUAACGGCGCCAUCACUGCAGUCGUGAGUGAACAUUUUCCUGUUAAUGACGAGAAUGACGAGCUUAGCGCUGACGAUAAAACUAUUGUUAAUGAAGAGGAUAUUGACGAAAAAGAUGAGAUCAAAAAUAUGAAUGGGGCAGAGAAGGGUGAAAUGUUAGACGAGUUGCAAAAGUCUUUAGACGAAACUAGCCGCAAGAAUGUUUUGACCAGCAUGGAAAUGGCGCGUGAAAAUCUGGUUUCCAUUAAUUUCGAUGAUUCGUCACUUAGCAACAACGAUUCUUUUAUGAGUGCAAGAUCGCAAUUGACUGUUACUGACACUGAUGAUACGAAUAGUUUUAUGACGCCAAAAGGUCGUCUAUCGCCUGAGAUUACUGUUAGCUUGCCUGAUUUAUCGUUUUCUGGUCUUGGUGACUCGAAAAAUGACUUGACUCCUCAAGCAAGCCCUAAUACACGGCGUUCAAGCGGCAAUAAAUUUGAAAUUCAAUUUAUUGACGAAUCAACAAAUAGAGUAAUGUCAAGGGAAUCUUUAAGCGCAACAUUUGAAACGAGUUUGACAAAAGAUGGUAGCCCUAGCAGUGUUAAGGGCAAAGAAACAACUGUCUGACGCUUGGUUUUUAUUUUUUAUGCGUGCGAAUUGGUAACCGAAAAAAUCUCGUUGAUAUUUCUGGCUUAAGAUUACUCAGAAAGUUUUAAUAUCAGAAAAUAGCUUGUAUUUUUUAUUUAUUAAAGAUACCAACGUUUAUAUUUUUCGAAUUACUGUACAGAGCUUAAAUAUGUUCAACAUGUGAAGAAAUGCGCUAAAUAAAUAAAUAAUAAUUGCUUUACUUUACAGUCGUAGAAGCAGCUCCCAGCGUUUAAACUUUGGCGUUCAUUGUUCAUUUUCCAGUCCAUUAGAAAUGGUAGCGUUUUCUGAGUUCUUAUUGGUUGUUAAAAACGUUUCCCGCCUUUUAACGCUUAAGGGUGACUCUUCUACUUAUACUGAUUGGUUAGGAACGAUAUCUCUUUUGUUUGCAUAGUUUAUACUUGUAAUAUUAUUUUUAUAUAUUUUAGCUCAGUGUGUAGAUGUGUUUAACGUAAGAAUAAGUUCAUGGUUAAUAAA